UCUGCUCAUAACCAAAGGACCCCUCUCACACCGAUCCAAGCUUUAAACCUGACCUUUUCCCUGGAAAACUCAGACAUUGCUCCAGAGGACCUUAUUGCUCAAACCUAAAGGUAACUACUAAUCCUUUAACCAACGGAGAGGUGUGACACUCAGGAGCAACAGGACUUUAACCUAGUCAUCAGCGCAUCUAUAGUGUUUUCAUCGCUGCGAAGGCCUGCUUGGGAACAGCAGCUCUGCAGAUUCCAGCCACAAAUAUGACUCAAAGCAAUGGAGAGAAUCCACAGAGGAGCCGCAGUGGUCUUCACCAAAUCCGAGCCGGGAUCCAGUCCAGGUCGUUGCUCGCCAAGAAGAGAGUGGAGAACAUCAAGAAGGACGAAGUGAAGGGGUUCUUCAUGAAAAAUGCUUUUGUCAUUCUAACCAUCACUGCUGUUAUUACAGGUAUAAUCCUCGGAUUUUCUCUGCGUCCAUACAAACUGUCUUACCGUGAAGUGAAGUACUUCUCCUUUCCUGGAGAGCUGCUGAUGAGAAUGCUCCAGAUGCUGGUGCUGCCACUGCUUGUCUCGAGUCUUAUCACAGGUAUCGCCUCUCUGGAUAGACGGGCUUCUGGUAGAAUGGGCAUGAGGGCAGUGAUCUACUACACCACCACAACUGUGAUUGCUGUGUUCAUUGGUAUAGUCAUGGUGCUUAUUAUUCACCCUGGAAAGGGAUCCAAGGACGAGUUCACCAAGCAGCAACAGAUAGAGCAGGUCAGCCCUGCUGAUGCCUUUCUGGAUCUUAUCAGAAAUAUGUUUCCUCCAAACCUUGUGGAAGCUUGCACCAAACAGUUCAAGACGCAUUAUGCCAAGAGAGUAAUCCAGGUCACUGUUACGGUGAACGACACAAUAUUCCUCCAAAAUGGCAGCCAACAAAUUGCCCAAGAGGAGAUGAUUCCUGUACCAGGAUCAGUGAAUGGGAUUAAUGCCCUUGGCUUGGUGGUGUUCUCCUUGUGCUUUGGUCUGAUCAUUGGGAACAUGGGGGAACAAGGACAACCCCUCAGAGAUUUCUUUGACUGCCUCAAUGAGGCCAUCAUGAGGCUAGUCGCCAUCAUAAUGUGGUAUGCCCCUGUUGGUAUUUUGUUCCUCAUUGCUGGUAAAAUUGUGGAGAUGGAUGACAUUUCAGCCAUGGGUGGCCAGCUGGGAAUGUAUACAAUAACCGUUAUUAGUGGCCUGCUCAUCCACGCCAUCAUAGUCCUCCCAACGCUCUACUUUGUUAUCACCAGAAAGAAUCCCUUUCUAUUCAUUGCUGGACUGCUGCAAGCACUUGUUACUGCCCUUGGAACAUCUUCUAGCUCUGCCACAUUACCCAUCACUUUUAAAUGCCUGGAGGAAAACAACAAGGUAGACAAGCGUGUGACCCGUUUUGUUCUCCCUGUCGGAGCCACCAUAAAUAUGGAUGGAACAGCUUUAUAUGAGGCCCUGGCAGCCAUCUUUAUUGCACAGGUCAAUGAUUAUGACCUUAACUUUGGACAGAUUCUCACCAUCAGCAUCACAGCCACGGCAGCCAGCAUCGGUGCAGCUGGAAUACCUCAGGCAGGCCUGGUUACCAUGAUCAUAGUACUAACAUCUGUAGGUCUUCCCACAGAUGACAUCUCACUGAUUAUUGCUGUUGACUGGUUCCUUGAUCGAUUGCGCACCACCACCAACGUCCUUGGUGACUCCAUCGGAGCUGGCAUCGUAGAACAUUUGUCUCGCCACGAGUUGAGAGUCAAUGACCUAGAGUUGGGCAACCAGACGGUUGACCAGACAGAAAAAAAGCCAUACCAUCUAAUUUCCCCAGAGAACGAAUAUGAGAAUGAGAAGCCCACUCCAGAUGACACUAAAAUGUAGUGGCAAGAUUUCUACCCUUUCUUUCUGAAAAAGAAAGGGUGCAGUACUUGUCAGACAGUACUGCACUGUGUUGUCUGAUAAGACCUCUUGAAUUCUCACAGGAAAGGUUGUUUUUUUUAAUGCAAUUAAAAGUCCUGCCUGAACAUAUUUCAGGCCAAAUAAGCUCCACUAAUGUGUGACACUCUGCAGACUGGAAAUAAUCUGUGGUCAUGUUGGCUGUUCUCAUGGAUACACUGUAAAAAAAAAGAAAGUCUCUAAUUUAUGGUAAAAUACUGGCAACUAAACUUUAACCACCUCUUCUGGCAUUUUACCAUAAAUUAGAGACAUUUUUUUUUACAGUGUAGGACAAAGAUCCAUCCUGAGAUACAUAACUAGUUUAGCUAUCUGUGGCCUUCAUUCCAUAUUUCCUACUUCGCUAUAUGUAAUGACCAACGUCAUUCACUAGAGGGGGGUAUUUCUGUUAUUUUAAAACUUAAGUAAUACGCAGCUCAUCAGAGUACAUAGUAAUGACUGCUUUGAGAUUGAAGCUUUUUGUUGUUGAGUAACUGCUGAUUUAUAUGAAACCUUAACGUAUAGCUAUAGUAUACUUCUCUCUGUAAACUAAUGAAAUGUGUCAAAUAUCAUGCAAAUAGAAUAAUUUACCAAACUCUUUGUUGCAAAAGGGUUUUUUCAAACCCCUGCACAAACACAUGUGGCUUUAACUGCUUUGUACAUAUUUUAGAUUUAUUAGAGAAUGGUAUGCUCUACAAUUAGGAAUAUAUUGUUUUGGGUCUCAACUGACCAAAGCAGUAAGUGUUGCUGUAGUAGUAAUAGAAACUAUAUUUUUUGUACACAUAACCAGAAUAAGAUCUCAUCAAAUACCCUAUGGGUGUGUUUUUGUUAUAGCCUACAGCUUCCUCAACCAGUGGUUAUAGUCAACUAAUACAAUUAAACUGCUCAGCCAUUCAUAUUCAAGGUCAAUUUACCUGACUUUGCUAAGUAUGUGAUAGAUUAUUAACCCAAGAGGUAAAGCCAUUCAUUUUUAACCAAAACUAAAACAAAAAAAAGCAUAAUUUUAAUCUAAUUUUACUCAAAUAUGUAAACAAUCCAAAGACUACAGUGAUGUUUUGCAGAAAACAUGCUAUAAGCUUUUAUUUCUCAGAUUAAACAAGAACAUGAAAUUUGGAGCAUUUAAAAGAUGAAAAUUGUCUUUCUUUGUAUUCAGUUUACUUUGCUAUUUUGUUUUACAAAUUACCAGCUUGUGCAUCUUCUCGAUAUGUGAUAAUAUGAUGCAACAUAAAUGCAUGAAAGUUUCAUCAUAGUUCAAUGGUUUUGAAUAGCAAGAAGAUGGCAGAAUAUAUAAAAAAUAUUCUGUGUUGCACCUAUUUUCUAGCUUAUGUUUCUCAGCAAAAGGUGAUACUGAUUUUGUCUGAUUUAAUUAUUCUCCCUGUUAAACACAUUCAUUUUCAGCUGCAUUUUUAAUUUGUCUAGCUUGCUGUUUCUUUAUCAACUCAUUGAAUAAAUGAAUUUGCAUUUUCAUAGUAGAUAUUUUGUAUAGAAGAUUAUUUCAGAAAUGGUGUACUUUUAUAAAAAUCUGUAGAUAAAUAUGUAAAAGAAUUUUGGAUUCAAAUGGCUAUGUAUGUGUUUUUUGAGGAUUGUAUAAAUACAGAAAAUGUAACUACAUUCUUCUAUAGUCUUAUGACCAAACUGUAAUUACAUUACACACUUAAGGGAAUUGAAAGGUUCAUUUGUUUACAGUUGCUGGUGACUCAUUUGGUACAAAUGCUUCUUCUCAUGCAUUCACAUGUAAACAUAUUUGAUUAGAUAGCUGUAGUUUUGACUUGCAUGAAAUAUUUUUAUUAAAAAAAUAAAUGAGCAAGUCA